AGUUUCACUUCAUCACUACGCAUAUAAUCCAAUUUGCAUUGUUUAUCGACCUUGAGGAACAAUUAGGGGAUAUGGCAACAAUGUCUAGUGCUGCUGUAGAAGUGAUCUCGAAAGAAACGAUUAAACCAAGAAAUCCAACACCAUAUCAACUUAGAAACUACAAUAUGUCACUUCUCGACCAAUAUUCUUCUCUAGUUUAUGUUCCGAUCAUUCUUUUCUACCCUGCUGCCUCCGACGCUAAUAGUACCGGAAGUAAGCACCAUGAUGAUCUUCACUUGCUUAAGAGGUCUCUUUCUGAAACGCUAGUUCACUUUUAUCCAAUGGCUGGUAGGAUGAAAGACAACAUGACUGUUGACUGUAACGACGAAGGUAUUGACUUUUUCGAAGUAAGAAUCAAAGGUAGAAUGUGUGACUUCAUGAUGAAAUCAGAUGCACACUUAAGUCUGCUUCUUCCGUCUGAAGUCGCUUCCACGAACUUCGUGAAGGAAGCACAGGUGAUUGUUCAAGUGAACAUGUUUGAUUGCGGUGGAACUGCCAUUUGUUUCUGUAUAUCAAACAAGAUUGCAGAUGCAUGCACCAUGAUUACCUUCAUUCGUAGUUUGGCAGGCACCACCAACAUAGCUCGUCGUGGGAGCUCUAUUGCUGCACCAACCACAAAUCAGAAUUUGGUUCCUUCUUUCGAUUCGACAUCACUCUUUCCACCUAGUGAACAAUUGGCAUCUCAAGUUUCCUAUCCUACACAGGAUAGUACCAGCGUAGAUAAACUUGUCAGCAAAAGAUUUGUGUUUGAUGCGGCAAAGAUUACAUCUGCACGUGAAAAAUUGCAAUCCUUGAUGCAUGAUAAAUACAAAUGCCAUAGGCCGACAAGGGUUGAGGUAGUUUCCGCUUUGAUAUGGAAGUCAGCAGUGAAAUCUGCUCCGCCCGGUUCUAUAUCCACUGUAACCCAUGCCAUGAACUUUAGAAAGAAAAUGGAUCCACCAUUACAAGAUGCGUCAUUCGGGAAUCUUUGUGUGGUUGUUACAGCAGUAUUACCAGCAACAACGGCGACAACAACAAAUCCAGCAACCAAAAAAGUUAGUAGUACGAGUAAUGAAGAGCAAGUGGCACUUGAUGAGUUAAGUGAUUUUGUAGCCCUAUUGAGGCGCGAAAUAGAUAAGGUAAAGGGUGAUAAAGGUUGCAUGGAGAAAAUCAUUCAAAAGUUCAUCUAUGGUCAUGAUGCUUCCGUAGCGAAAGACAGUGAUGUUGAAGAUAAGGUGACAGCUUUGUUUAUGACUAGCUGGUGCAAGUUUGGAUUCUACGAAGCUGAUUUUGGUUGGGGAACGCCAGUUUGGGUAACUACUGUUCCAUUAAUUGAGCCAAAGUACAAGAACAUGGUUUUCAUGAACGAUAUGAAAUGUGGUGAAGGAAUUGAAGUGUGGGUGAAUUUUCUGGAGGAUGAUAUGACCAAGUUCGAACACCACCUAAGAGAGAUCCUCCAACUGUUUUGAUUUUCAACCGUUUCCCUAAUAGAGGUCAAUUGUCGUGUUUGUCCAUCUUAACUACCAUCUUUAUUCUCUUGUUUUCAUACUUGUAUUUGUCUUACUCCGGUAAUCCUUCUCUUUUUCUUGUCGGAUUUCUCGGUAUUGUACUCUUACGGUAUGUUCUUGUUACUUUGUAUUCUCUUAUUUUCAAUUUUAGGCUGGGUUUGGUAA